UACAUUACUUUCCAAUCUUUAAAAACUUCACUUGUCUAAGCCUAACGUUUGCCUCUCUUAAGAUGUUGCUCUUAUCUCCACCUCACUCAACACAGCCCCUAUUACAAACCAAAAGUAAUCACAAUGUCAAAAAUAGAAGCAAAUUCCCUUCUAGUCAACGACUUAAAGCCCGUGCCAUGGCAAAAGAAGGUAGCGAAAGCGGCAAUAGCGCAGUCGAGGCAGCAGCCAUUGUCGGAGGAUUGGUUGCCACCCCGGUAAUCGGAUGGUCUCUUUUCACGCUUAAGACGACAGGCUGCGGCCUGCCGCCCGGGCCCGGAGGAUCAAUUGGUGCACUUGAGGGAGUGAGUUACCUAGUAGUGGUGGCAAUUGUGGGUUGGUCAUUGUAUACAAAGUCUAAAACUGGUUCAGGUUUGCCUAAUGGUCCAUUUGGAUUGUUGGGAGCUGUUGAAGGGUUGUCAUAUUUGUCAUUGCUUGCCAUUGUAGUGGUGUUUGGCUUGCAGUUUAUUCAGCAGGGUUCUAUUCCUGGGCCACUUCCCAGUGAUCAAUGCUUUGGCUGAAUUUUCUCUAUAUAUAAUUUUGUUUUCUUUUUUAUUCA